CAUUACACUGCUUUACUAUUCGAAAGUAUUUCAUUUUUCUACAAUUAACAGUGUUGCAAUCUUCGGUAAUCAUUUUUUUAUUCGGAAUAUGCGAAAAGUACAUGCAUCACCUGUGGCAAUCCCCGGAAAUAUUGAACUAAACUGAAAGUCCUCUUGCGGAGACAAGAGUUGUCACCGUCUGACCAGUUUCCAAAAUGGCGGCGAAGAGUGGUGGUUCCGUCGAAUGGGCAUCGAUAAUAAAACCGAUUUUAGCUGCAUCUUAUGGAUCUUUCAAUAAAAACGAAGUUAUAGAGCUUCUUAAAGCUAUCCUGAAGAGUGAAUCCGAAUUUUCGGCUCACGAGGAAGAAUAUGAAGCCUUUUAUACGUCUUUCGCAACACUGGCUGCUGAUUACAUCAGUGGAUACGCUGGUGCACUCUCGAAGAAUCAAAUACCUAUGGUAUGGCAGGCAUGCAGAAUCCUGCUUAUCUAUUUGGUCAGCAAACUGCCACAAAAUCAACCGGGAGAAGGUGUACCUACAAUUUUGACUACAAAGCAGUUACUUCUUCCCAUUCGAGCUCUAUGUACUGGACACUCUCUACUCACCAAAACGGAAGAAAUUGCUUUGAUCGCUAUCAUGAAAAAUGCUAAGACACCAUUAUGCGUUAAGGCAUCAACUUCUGGAGGAGAAAAAGAAAUGUCUCCGCAAACGAACAAAGAGCCCAAACGAGUUAGAAACGACUUGUCGAGUAGCAUUCUUGAGCAGUUAACCAUGCCACUUCAUGACUUCAUACCAUCUACCUCGAUUAUUGGUGAAACUGCAAGCGAUACUGCUAAUAGACCGUCAUCAGAAUGCUCUACAGUUGAUAUUAAUACUGACAUAAAGAUGAUGUUUAUAGCCAACAACAUAAGUACAUUGCAGAGCAUUGGUGCUGGAGAUACUUUACUAGACAUGUGUUCAAAUCUCCCGCAUUUAUCUAGAUACACUCGAAAGUAUCAAGCUUAUUUAAACAAAAAAGGCUUCAGUUUACCCGCUAAUCAUUCGGAAGCAUACACUAUUCGACAUAGUUUACAUGCUAUGGUUAAUGAUAUAAAUAUUGUGCAUAGUGUGGUAUCACUUCCUAUUUUGGAACCACUGACCCCAGUAAAACUUGAGAAAUUAUCUCUAUUGACAAUGUCCUGUUUGUAUUGCUCGAUUGCCAAUGCAACCGCUUCUAGUAUAGUAGGUAUAACAAAUGCCGUCUCACCUAAAUGCAGCACAAAUACAACGGGCAGUGCUCAGGGCAAUCAAAGCAAUAAAAGUACUGAAGAAGAAUACGAUACAUUGGCAAUUACUGUUGUAGAAAAAAGUUUGGAAAUAUUCGGACUUGUCUCAAACAUUAUCAAGAAUAGUACUCGAGCAGGUGGACAUAUAUUACAGAAUCACCUUCUGAUUGGAGUCUGGCUCCUAGUGGCGGGCCUGCAAGCUCAGCUGUCAGUAAGCAGUUUUAGUACCACCGAUAAAGGAAAAGAAGAUAAAGGAAAGUCUCCGAGUAAAGCUCGAGAUGGUACUGGUCGCAUAAAUUUAAUGAAAGUGCAACAAGGAUUUGGUGUACUUUCUGUGGCAUUAGCUUCACAUGCACUAACCUUAAUGAGCGCACUCCUCAAGGAUGUAUCCGUUGAAGCUGGGAACGAUCGACCAACCACUUUAGAAUCAGCACCGCUAGAAAUUUUGGCGACUGCAACUGCUCUGCAGAGAGCUAUUACGUUUCUUCAAGCAGUUCCUUUAAAUCAUCUUUUAUUCUAUUUAGCUACGAUUAGUUAUAGAAAGGCUUGUACUUUAAAGCGAGUACAAAAACAUCCUCUAGAAGGUGAUACAUUAAGUCAAUCAGAUUCUACAACUUAUUAUGAAGACCUUCUAAGCUGUUCCGAAAGCUCCACUGAUGAAGAGGAGGACAGCGAACCAAUCUUGGGCCUGUGGUUCGAGGAGACCUUAGCACCAUCCGAUGGAACACCUACCAAUACUACGAAAGAGACUAACAACGAGGCCAAUACAGAACGUGCUGCAACUACUAUAGUUCCUGACAAUCGAGAACCCCAUGGCUACAUUUCUCUGGCGACUCAAAUUUUCCAGUUUAUGAAUCAACAUUUGAUCGGCAGCAGAAGCUCGUAUGUUCGCGAGUACGUUGUCAAUGGUUUGGUAGAACAACAAAUGGUUAUUUUGGCUGCAAUAAUAAGAGAUCUAGAUCACGAGACUGCUAGAACUGAGACAGGUACUAUUUCAGUUUUCUAUGGUGCAACGUUGGGAGCAAUGUACUCGGAAUUCUCUCAGGCUCUAAGUCGUUAUACGCACAACUUGUUGGCCCGGAAUAGUUUAAGCGAAUCGCUGCAGAAUACAUUGCUUCACCAUUUAGGUGUCAGUCCAUGGACAACCGAAAAUACAAGUCUAUCAACAUGGCCAUUACAAGUUUACCCUAGAACGUUAAGCGUUCUAGCGCAGAUAUUAUUAUUGAAACCUCAACUUGAAAAAGAAGCAGCAUGUAUAAGUAUCUGGCAGCGAUUAAUAAAAACUCUUAUUGAAAAUGUUUGCAAUCCGCCUUCAACCAUUGAAGCAGAAAAUGAAGAUUUGAACGUGGAGCACGCACAACUCGUUCUCUUCUUAUUUCAUUCACUAAAUUUGAUGCAGAAGAAAGCCGUGCUAUUAGUUACCGGAAGCGGGGCAGUUAUGUGCAGUGAAGCUGUUAAGUCUCCAAUGAAAGAUUUUCAAUUGUUACAUCUUUCACGAAUACUACUUCUACUAGAAUACAUGAUGAAGCACUUAUAUGACGCGCCUCCAAGUUUACUUGAACAGGUGCAGUGGAAUUUAUUCUCCGCGACCAGUUUGGUGUCUGAUGCCAAGGAAGGUAACAAGCAAGCUUCUAGGGUCUACACACCUUGGAAGGAGAUUGAGGACAAUUACCGGAAAUUUGGACCUCAGGACGAAUUUUCCAUGAGGCCUCGUUUUUAUAAUUUAACCGCGGCCGAUUUUAACAAUCAAGAUACGCCUAAAUUAGAUGGUUUGGCAUGCAAUUUUAUUUUGGGAACACCGGACAAAUUAAAGUAUCCCCUUCUCGUGGACGCACUAAUCGAUAUUUUAAACGUACUCAAUCAUACCAAUAUGCUUCAAAAACCUUCGAUAGACAGCAAAGAUAAAAUGUCAUUCACCGGUCUUUGUGCCAUUCAAUACUGCUUUUCCAUUUGUUGGAGAUUAUUACUAAUGUUGCCGCCAUCGACACCAUACAUGGACAAACUCGCUCUUGGCGAAGAAAUCCCAGCGGGUCCGAUGCUUUUACACUCUCUUGUUUGGGGACCGAGAGCUGCGUACAAAACAUUCACAGGAUGGAUGAAGGAUUGUCUCGUUAAGCAAGGAAUGUACACUCACUACGCUGAAAAUUUGCUAAAAACAGUGUCCUCGACUGUCAACUCUCUCAAAUAUGAUGUCACACUCGCGAAGAAUUGUAUUAAUUCAUUGAAGCAUAAAAUAGAUCCUGGAGAUAAAAUAAUGCCAAAGGAGACAUUACCGAAACUUAGCUCUCUUUGUAUACUAGCCGCUGUUAUUGGGAAACUUCAGGUUCUCAUGGAUGAGAGCAUAUCCAAAAGUCCAGCUGACAAUAUCGAAGUGUCCAAAUGUCCACAAACUCCAGAAUCAAUUACAUCGGGCAUUAACAAAAUGGUUGUGGACAUACUUCCACAUAUUCUGUCAUUAACUGAAUCCGUAUUAUCUUCCUGUCGAUCGAGUGUACUACAUCAGAUGCACGAAUCUUCUGAACCAGCGGGAAAAUACAGCCUCCGGGAUUAUUUAGUAUUGGAUGGAAUUAUAUGUAUAUCUGGUGCGGCAUGGGCCAAAGAGGUUUCGCUAGCCUCGCUGCUGCCUAAUGGAGUUCGCUCAGUACUUGACAAAUGGAAGGCCAUCGAAGUUGUGCACGUUCCAUGGAACACAUAUGCCAAUGACAUAAUACCAGCGGAGAGUUACAUUCUUGCCACGGUUAAUCAUCACGUCAGUUCCCUCUCUGAAUACGUCUCUUUUUCAAUAAAUCCAUCGUUAAAGAAUUUAUUAUAUUCCUUGGUCACCUUCAUCAUGGAAUAUGUAACAUUUUAUAGGUCAGCUGCCGAGCCUGAACAGGCCGACAUUAUUCAAAACGCAAUAGACAUCUUGAUUCCUUUGACUAUGGAUGCUCGCACCGAAUACCUUCAAGAAAUGGCUUCCAAAGCUCUCGGAAAACUAAUGAACGAUGCCGACAGUGAAACCAGACAAUGGCACGAGCAUGUGUUUGUUCUUAACCACACGUACAACGUAAUCGUCGACUAUACCAGCAAUUCCGAGGAUUCUAUAAAUGUUUCCGUUGAUGAAAAAAUCUUGAAACAGUGUAUCAAGUACUGGGAGCAGUUGCUGGAGAAACCACUAGGAUGCAAAGUCUUGGAUCAAUUUUUCGAUCCUAGUACGAAUCGAACACUCGUUUCCGUUUUGUUGUCCAUUGCUUCGCCUCAAGCUUCUCAACAAUUCAGCACUAAUGUCUUACAUUUCUUCAAUAAGCUGUUUAAAACAGCUGAGAAAGCAAGCAAUCGAGCUCUGGAUCGUCUCUGCAGCUCCAUAUCGAAUAUUGCUUACGUUGAAAGCGAAAAGCUGCAUUCUUGGUUAAGGCAUGUCAUUCUUGGAGCAACAAACCUGUCACGUAGCGUUUCGUCGACUAAUAUUCAAACGCCGACAAUCGUGACCACUACUGCGUUGGUAGCAGUCACUGGUUCCACCGAAGAAAGUCAAAAGGCAGACGACACAAGUAAUGCACCGAAUAAUGACCAAGGCCAAUGGCAAGUUGAGGGUUUGUCAAGUAGCAAUCAGGCUUCCAGUCCGAGCGACGACCAACACUGCAUGCACGAGAACAACCAGCUUUUACAAGCUCUUACUAACUACAUUGUUAAAGAAAACAGUAAUUUGGGAGAAGAUGUGGCUGUUAUCAUUUUGCAAGCAUUGAUACCACUGGGUUACCACAUUCUAUCUCCAACAAUCGAAGGAGUUGGUUUUCCAGAACUGAUGCAUGUUAUGUCCACAUUAGCUGACGCAGGCUCCGAUAAGGGUCAUGUGCAGUUAUUCAAAGCUGCGACUGAGUGGGUCGAACUUUGUAAGCAGCAACUGAUGAACAAGGAAAUUCAGACGUUGGACAAACCGUCUCCUUAUGUAGAAGCUGGGUGCUGUGUAUUGAAAUACAUAGCUGACAUCGUAGGAGCUGUUUGUCCUCAGCAAUUACGUCUUCAGGAUCGUGCCACCAGUCCACCUUGGGAAGGAGCUACUCCGAUUAACGACUUCAAUGACAGCGAUUGGGUCGACGAAGUUGCCCACGAGGACGAUGACAGCGCUGCCGAAGAUUCGGACGAAGACAGUCUUUGUAAUAAGCUUUGCACCUUCACGAUUACCCAGAAAGAGUUCAUGAGUCAGCAUUGGUACCACUGUCACACCUGUAACAUGGUCGAUGGGGUCGGAGUAUGUACCGUGUGUGCUCGCGUUUGUCAUCGUGGCCAUGAUGUUACCUAUGCAAAGUACGGAAAUUUCUUCUGCGACUGUGGGGCGAAAGACGAUGGAUCGUGCCAGGCGAUGACUAAACGUAGUCCACAAAGCUCAGAGCAUCAAAUGAGCAGCGGUGCGCCGUACAACGCAGCUGGUACAAGUUCGGACAACAAUAUGCUCUUAACAAGCAGUCUGCGUAGAAGAGCCUCUAGUCCUGUACAUUUCCAUGACAAGAAUGAGAGAAAUGGCCGCGACAAACAGAAGCAAGCCGCUCUGGCAAAGCAACUCGAGGGUUCCAAGAAUUGGGUUCUUUCUCAACUAUGGAGCAGUGCUUUGGUCUCUUCUCUGGUUGAGUUAACGCGCACGUUGAUACCAGCUGUGAAAGCGUCCUGUCAAAAGAACUCGCCAGUUGGAUGUCAUGCUCGUGCUCAAAUGGCACUCAGACAGCUGCACAAUCUUGACAAGAAGUUUGAACACACCGAUCAGCUUAUGCUCCCGACCCUUGGUUCUCAAGAAGGAGCGUUUGAAAAUGUCCGGAUGAAUUAUUCGGGUGAGCAGGGCCAGACUAUUAGACAAUUACUGUCGGCACACAUGAUUCGUCGGGUAGCAAUGUGCUGUCUAUCUUCACCACAUGGAAAGAGACAACAUCUUGCUGUUUCACACGAGAAGGGGAAGAUCACUGUUCUGCAGUUAAGUGCUUUGCUUAAGCAAGCUGAUUCAUCGAAACGAAAAUUGACCCUCACCAGACUGGCAUCAGCACCGAUACCCUUUACAGUUCUAUCGAUAACUGGGAACCAAUGGAACGAAGACUUCCUGGCAGUUUGUGGUCUGAAGGACUGUCAUGUACUGACUUUCAACAGCUCCGGAACAGUAUCCGAUCAUCUGGUAUUACAUCCGCAGCUGGAAACAGGAAAUUUCAUCAUCAAAGCUCUCUGGCUUCCCGGUUCUCAGACUCAAUUGGCUUUAGUAACCGCAGAUUUUGUUAAGAUCUACGAUUUGGGGAAGGAUGCAUUGAGCCCUCAGUAUUACUUCCUAGUGCCAACCGGAAAGAUCAGGGAUUGCACGUUCAUUCAUGCAGAAGACGGCUUAUUUUACUUACUGUUAAUGUCAUCCGCUGGAUACAUAUACAGUCAAGCUAUGAACGAAGAGAGUCUUGCCAAGCACGGGCCAUUUUACGUCACCAGCACGUUAGAAGUACAUCAUCCUGAAAUCAAAGAUAACGGACAAGUCGGCGGUGGAGGCGUGUCCAUUUACUACUCUCACGCUCUCCAACUUUUAUUCUUCAGCUACGCUUGUGGUAAGAGUUUCAUCGCUCCUCUAAAAUACAUGGACCCCGACAUUACCGUCGUUUUCAUGAUCAAUCUUGCCAACAAUAAAUCAAACGGCAAUAAGUCAAACAAUAACCAGCCACAGCCUUUGUGUCAAUGGAGCGAAGUUGCGAAUCAUCCAGGGAUAGUCUGCUCGGUUUUACAAACUAGCAACAAUCCAGUUAUACUCAUGAUCAAGCCUGACACGAUAAUGAUUCAGGAGAUUAAAGUGGUGCCUGCUAAGGCGAAAAUUAUGGACAUGGUCGCCAUCAGGCAUCCCAGCUCGAAUGCCGAACACAGAACCACGCUGAUACUGUUGUGCGAGGAUGGAAGUCUUCGAAUCUACAUGGCAGCUACGGAGCAAACUGGGUUCUGGAUGUCACCAAGCGUACAGCCGAUCGGCACGCUAUCUACGGUUAAACAAACGAAAAAGAAGAAGGCGACAAAGGCUGGAAAACCGUCUGGCUCGGUUUCCUUCCCUGUUGAUUUCUUCGAGACUUGCCAGGCCAUGAAUGAUGUUGAAUUCGGCGGAAAUGACCUUCUGCAAAUAUACAACGUUGCACAAAUAAAGCACAGAUUGAACACGACGGGAAUGUAUGUUGUUUCUACGAAAGCCAUGGGAUUCAAUGUAGAAGUCACUAACAAUGAUGCGACACUAGUCAUGACUGGAAUACGAGUACUGCUUGGGAACCAAGAUAUUCAUAGGGCCCCGUUAUACGUAGAGGUAUUUGGCAGAAGCGUACGGACAAACUUAUCUCGCAAUCGGUGGUUUGAUAUCCCUCUGACUAGAGAAGAGAGCUUGCAAGCCGAUAAAAAGCUAACCAUCACUUUCGGAUUGUCACAAGAUCCUGAAGGUGUCAUUAUGGUGGACUCUAUAAAAGUUUAUGGCAAAACCAAAGAUUCCUUUGGAUGGCCCGAGGAAUCCGAAGAGAUUCCUGCUGGACAGUCUACUCCUGCACCAACUGCUGCGAGUGCAUCGACAACUAAUGAUUCUGAAAACACUGUCGUCUCUCCGGCUCCACUUACAUCUAUUGACAAGAUGGUAUCCAGUAUCUUGGAAGUUUUGGAGUCUUCCUUUACCUUGACAUCUGGCGAUGAUACUAAAGGACUUUUGAGAUCGACCGCAAUCGACGUAGCUACUAAUCUAUUGGUUUUACCUACACCUCCAUCGGUACAGAUACACAUAACAGCACUUCUUGCUGUCCUUCACAGUUCCAAAUCAUCGUACCAUUCUUAUAAGGAUCAAGCUCUGCUUACUCAUGUCCUUGAAUCGCUUAAAUGCAUUAGAGAUAUCAGCGAUCCACGCGAUAUGGAUGCUGAAAACUUCUACAGACUUGUACUUAUUGUCAGAAGCAUUGCCGUUUCUCGCCCUCAUAAUCUUGUCCGAUUUGCCGAUCAGUAUGCUGUCAAGCCAUUGGAUGAGUCUACUAUUCCAGUUUUGGAGGCGGAUCGUUUAAUUUCUCACAGCACGUCUGCCGAUACAAAUCAACAUUUGGUACUUCAGUUGAUGGAUGUUUUAUGGGCUCUCCACAUGGCGUAUCCAAAAAACAUGGCUUUGGCUCCUGUAGUUGUGCCAGGAUUGACUCAUAUUGAGGCAACGAUACAUGCCAUCGUUGAUAUAAUCCACGCGUUCACAACGUGCGAUGUAGAAGGCAGCACUCCAUCGGCUGCUAAGUUGUAUCUGCAACUUUUGUUGUCGGCAGACACUGCCGUUAGUUUCAGCACGAAACAAGCUUUGAUAAGGGUACUGAGGCCUCGAUACAAAAGAAGAAGAGUUUACAUCCCGAGUCCACCACAUUGCAGUACCCCAGGAGCGCCCGCAGAUAACGAGGAGAAACCCGGACCAGUGUCUUCCCAACCAUCUCAAGAGUCUGGGGAAGCGGAACAGCAAUUCGAUGUAGAAACGGGAGCUGCCAGUGCUCGCGUGGCCAAUCCGCUGGACGUAAUUUUGGGGGCAAGAGGAUUCCACCAGCUGUUGGACCUGCAUCCAGAUGCCGAGGACGAGGCUAUGGUAGAUUUCGCGAUUGCUCUCAGUUUGCAGGAUCAGGAAGGAGGGCCUGAUCUCCAAACGCUACAGCAAGGAUUCCAGCAAGGAUUAGCAAACCUGCAAGGGCUCCAGGAUUUGCAAAACUUAAGUGGACCUGCAUUGCAGAGCCUCCAGGCUUAUGCGGCACAAGGACUUGUCCAGGUCCAAGGGGCUGUUCAGGGCCAGGAGGCAGGACAUUAUUCGGAUACUACCACCUCCGCUGGAGGCUCCGAUGAUGAAGGAUCAACUGCAGCCACCGAUGGCAGUACUCUAAGGACUUCUCCUGCUGAACAAGGCGGUAGUGGUGGCAGUAAAAGCAGUGAAAGCGGUGGAAGUGAAAGUAGUGGCAGCGCAGUUGACAGUAUAACUGGCGAACACAAUGUGUCAGGAAGAAGUUCUGCAUAUGGAGACAAUGCUCAGGAAACGAUUCAGCAAAUCGGCAUGGGAAUUACUCAACCUCAACGUUCGGAAACGAGCUCCCACGAUGCUCCUACUACGUUCACUGCUACGGAACAGGAAGAAGGAACGGAACAAGAACAAGAUGCCGAGCAAGAAAACGACCUUGCCGUUGAGAGCACCAGCAAGUUGCAUGCUGUGCGACUUUUCUUGCUUGAUAAAUUUGUUCAGUUUAUACCAAAUCUCACAAAUGUCUCCGGGGUGCUUGCUAUUCCGUUUAUGCAGGUGGUACUCAUGUUAACGACAGAUCUGGAUGGUCAAGAUGAACGGGACAAAGCGUGCGUGGAACGUUUAUUGCAUACGUUGGUAAAAGAGCUUGACAUGAGUAAGCCAGAUACGACUGAAAUUUGCCAACGCAGCAAUAAGAGAGAAGUUCAUCUAGUCAUCAUGCGUUUGUUGAGCGUACUAAUGUCUCGAUCGAAGUAUAACGCUAAAGUUCAACCAGACAAUCCUAACUUUGUAUCUCAAACGACUGCUGCGAUCCUGAGUAAGGCAGGCAUUGUCGACUAUUGCCUGACUUUACUGAAAGCCUUAUUGGACUAUUGGAAAACUACUUCAACCGAAGAUUCUGGUACCAUAAUUAGCGGGCAGCUGCUUAAAGAGCAUCUGAUUUCGUCACCCCCGGAUAUGUCUCCAUUUUUCUUACGCCAAUACGUCAAAGGGCAUGCAAGUGACGUCUUCGAACCGUAUCCACAAUUGUUAACGGAAAUGGCAUUGCGUUUGCCAUAUCAAGUUCACAAGAACGCUGAUAACUGCGCUGCUCAACCACCGUUCGAACAGCAGGCUUGGUACUUCUGCUUGUGCGAGUACAUGAUGUCCUACCAGACUCCGUUUGUGAGGCGGCAAGUUCGAAAGUUGUUGUUGUUCAUCUGCGGCAAUAAAGAAAAGUACAGGCAGCUGCGCGAUUUGCACGCUUUGGUUUCCCACAUGAAGUCGGUACAGCAAUGCUGCAACACCGGUGGAUACGAUCCGCUGCAAGCCCAACCACACUCCAUCAAUUUACCCUACGAUUCGUUAGUUGAACUCAUCGAACAUCUCAAAUGCUGCGUAGAAGUGGCAACUAGCCGCACCGGGAAUUGGCAACGGUUCUGCUUGAAGCAGAACACUAUAUUGGCGUAUCUGUUCACUAUUUCCACACUUUUGGACGAAGGCGUCAGCCCCACUGUUCUCCAGUUGUUGCAGUGUGCCAUAUGUUCGAGUAACAAGCCAAAAGAAGCCAAAGCGAAGGAGUCGAAAUCGGCGGCGAACGCGAAGGAAAGGAAAGAUCGCGAGAAAUCCGAGGACUCGGAUACAGAGGCCAAGUUCGAAGAGGCGCAAUGUGUCACUCUCGUCGAACAAAUUCAGAAACAAGUAUCGCCAGCUUUGCUUACAAAGUUUAUACAAACCUUCUUGCUCGAGACGAACAAUACAAAUGUCCGUUGGCAAGCACACUCCUUAUUGCUGGCCAUUUAUAAAAACUGUGGGCCUGCAGACCAGGAAGUGCUGCUUGACAUCUUAUGGCGCUUGUGGCCCUUGCUUCCCAUGUAUGGCAGAAAAGCCGUUCAGUUCGUAGACCUAUUAGGAUACUUUUCCCUGAAGACCCCCCACACCGGCAAGAAGAUGCACUCCUACAUGGAACAAGCUGUCGCCGUUCUGCAUGCACAAAAUCAAUUGCUCUUGCGACAUCCCAAUGCAAAUCUCUACGCCAAUUUGGCCCAGUUUGUAGAGCUGGAUGGUUAUUACUUAGAGAGCGAGCCAUGUCUUGUUUGCAACAAUCCCGAAGUGCCCAUGGCGACGAUUAAACUAUCCUCUAUCAAGGUGGAUUCCAAAUUCACCACGAUCACCCAAAUAGUCAAGCUAGUCGGCAGUCAUACCAUCAGUCGCAUCACUCUCCGCAUCGGUGACCUGAAGAGGACGAAAAUGGUGCGCACCAUCAACGUCUUCUACAACAACAGAUCCGUGCAAGCGGUGGUAGAGUUGAAAAACAAGCCGGCCAUGUGGCACAAGGCGAAGAAGGUCACCCUGGCUCAGGGCCAAACCGAGGUGAAGAUGGAGUUCCCUCUACCUAUCGUGGCCUGCAACCUGAUGAUAGAGUACGCCGAUUUCUACGAGAACAUCCAGGCCUCCUCGGAGACAUUGCAGUGUCCUAGAUGUUCCGCUAGCGUGCCCGCCAAUCCAGGUGUCUGCACUAACUGCGGCGAAAACGUGUUCCAGUGCCACAAAUGUCGAGCCAUCAACUACGACGAGAAGGACCCCUUCCUGUGUCACGCGUGUGGGUUCUGCAAGUACGCCAAAUUCGAUUACACCCUGACGGGAAGACCCUGCUGCGCCGUUGACCCCAUAGAGAGCGACGACGACCGCAAGAAAACGGUGACCACCAUUAACACUCUUCUCGAGAAGGCCGACAGGGUGUACAAAUCUCUCAUUACUAAUAAACCCUCCCUGGAGAUGUUGCUCGUAAAGAUUUCGGAGCAUCGUCUGGACCGCGGCCUGGAGGAUGGAGUACAAGUUUCCUCUGGUAGCACGCAAAUCAAUCGAGCUAUUCAACUACUGGCCCAGAGAUAUUGUGGAGAAUGCAAGCCCUCGUUUGAGGAGUUGAGCAAGAUCAUACAACGCGUACUGGCUUGUCGCAGAGAACUUGUAGCUUACGAUAGGAACCAACGAGGUCAAGGAGUCGUCAAGAGCGUCCAGACGUCGACUAGCGAAGACGCGUCCAAGGAUGAUGCCGUUGCACCUCCGCCUGGUCGUUGUUAUGGGUGUGCGUCUGCAGCAACGGAACAUUGUUUAACGUUGCUGCGUGCUCUAGCUACCAACAGCGCUGCCAGGGAGGUGCUCUGCAAGCAGGGGCUCAUCCAGGAACUCGUUGAGCACAACCUGAGGAAGGGUACCGUCCAGGUUCAGGAAGAAGUUCGUCAGCUCCUUUGCCUCGUCACCAAGGAUAAUAUGCAGUCGACCAAAGAACUGUGUUCCCUGUUGACUGGAAGAGUCACCAUGACUCUAAGAGGUCGAGUCGUCACGUCGGACCUGACUAUGGCGGUUCGCCCUGAAAUGGCUCUUCUAGCAGCUCUGGUCCAAAAACAGGACUCUUGCUGGGAGCAGAAAUUAUGCAGCGUCGUUCAGCUCUUACUGAAAGCCUGCAAGGACUCUAAAAAUCCGGUCGUCAUGGGAAGCAUCAUCCUACCGUGCCUGAAGAUCCUGCAAGAGCUAAUCAAGCCGGAAGGAACUGUGUCUAAGAAGAAUAAGGGUAAAACCAUCGAAUCUCUGGCAACUGUUCAGCCUUUAGAGGGCGUCACCAUCGAUGUGGCAAAAUGGCUCAGCGGAGAUCCCAAGCACUCGUAUGCGGAGUGGCUUCAGCGAAUGCCUGCGAAGAAGACAUAUCAAGAAUUAUAUAAACCGUUGAAGAGGGAGGAGGCUCGAAAAUUGUAUCUUAUGGAGAAGUACGGACACCGAUGGCGCAAUCGUUGUUCGAAACUGCGGGGUGUUCAGCCACUAAAACUGGCCGAUUGUGCCUGGCUUCUGGAAGUUCUAUUUAAUCCCAGCUCCAGGUUGGCUAGACAAGUUGCCUGCAACAUGGUGGAGAGUCUCUUCCAGGGAGUUGAGCGCAAGAAGGAGAUUCUCAUUUUGCUGACGGGGUAUCUGAAAGAGUUACGCACGGCGGGUGAAAGCAGCGCGGAGUUCCUCAAUCUGUAUCAGAAUUUGAUCCAAGAUCCACCCUGGAAGCAAUUUCUGGCGGUUCGUGGGGUCAUGACCCUCUUGGCGGAUUUAUUGACCAGAGAGAUAGAGGAGCUGCAUCGCCUGGAGGAAACCACCCUGACUAGCGACCUCGCUCAAGGAUAUUCCUUGAAGAUGUUGACGGAACUCCUGACAACCUUCCUGGAACAAGAGAAUGUCAACCAACAGUAUAAAGGAAAACUCGUUGGAGCUGUUCUCAAUGGGUACCUGUCUUUGCGACGACUUGUGGUUCAACGUACGAGACUUAUAGACGAUACACAAGAAAAACUUCUCGAGUUGUUAGAGGAAAUGACGACUGGCACCGUAGAAGAGGCCAAAGCGUUCAUGGCUAUUUGCGUGGAAACGGUCCAGAAGUACAGCAUGGAAGACGUGCGAACACCUGUUUUUAUAUUCGAACGAUUAUGCUCUAUCAUCUACCCUGAAGUCAAUGACGUCGGUGAAUUCUUCCUGACUCUUGAAAAGGAUCCUCAGCAAGAGGACUUCUUACAAGGUCGCAUGUUGGGUAACCCGUACAGCAGCUUGGAGCCUGGUUUAGGACCUCUUAUGAGGGAUGUUAAAAAUAAAAUCUGUCAAGACUGCGAACUCGUUGCCUUGCUGGAAGACGAUAACGGCAUGGAGCUUCUUGUGAAUAAUAGGAUUAUCAGUCUCGAUCUUCCGGUUAAAGAGGUGUACAAAAACAUAUGGGUCGUGGAAAACGGGGAGUGCGACGCCAUGAGAGUCGUCUACAGGAUGCGAGGACUUCUCGGCGAUGCCACGGAAGAGUUUGUGGAAUCCUUUAAUGCUAACAACGAGCAGGAGGUCAAUAACGAAGAGGUCUACAAGAUGGCGAACGUCCUGGCCGAUUGUGGAGGCUUACAAGUAAUGUUGGACAGACUCGCCGCGAUACAAGACGUGAGCAGAGCUAGGCCACUCUUGCAAGUUUUACUGAAGCUGUUCAGGCUGUCCGUCAAGGUUAAGAAGAACCAACAAGUACUCUGUAGACCCAAGCUUGGUGCAGUUACUGUCCUGCUGGAUGUUCUCCAGCGAUGUCUUGAGACCGAACCAGACAACUCCCAAGCUAAAGUCACCGAACAACUGCUUGACAUAAUGGAGACAAUCUUGACAAAUGCUGCUGCGCAGCCUCUGUUCCUGUUCGAGGCUUUCUCGAAGACUCUUGGAGGACCAGAGCACAUAAAAGCUCUGCUUUCCUGCACACAAUCUGCAGCUGUGAGACAAAGUCCUGGGGUAUUGUUGCAUCUAGCUAGGGUAUUGGCUGCUCUGACUUACGGCAACCAGGAGAAAAUGGCACUGCUCUGCGAUUACUUCAAGCCGGUGCUGAGGUUUUACAAGUUCGACUUCGAACACAGCCCGGAAGAUGAGCAAAAGCUGGAACUGUUCUGCAUACUCACCCAGGGCAUCGAGAGAAACGCAAUUGGGAACACCUUGAAGGAUCACAUCAUCAGCAUGGGAAUCGUUAAAGAUGCUUUCGAGUAUAUCACGGUGCAAGCUCCAUGUGUAAAGCCGACCUUGAUGCGCACAGACAGCGAUGAGCUGAAGGAAUUCAUCUCGAAGCCUGCCUUAAAGUACAUCUUAAGGUUCCUCACUGGUUUAGCUACCGAUCAUGAACCCACUCAGUUAGCAGUAUCGCAGACCACCAUCAGCAUAAUCCAUAGGCUAGAACAGGUGUCCUCCGACGAGCACGUCGGAUCGUUGGCGGAAAAUUUGUUGGAAGCUCUUCGUACAAAUAAAAAAGUAGCGGAAUUGAUAGAAGACGCCCGGCAGCAUACCCGAAGCGAAAAGAAACGCUUAGCAAUGGCAAUGCGUGAACGGCAAUUAGGGGCUUUAGGAAUGCGAACGAAUGACAAGGGACAAGUAACAGCGAGUGGAAUGAUUUUGCAGCAGAUGGAAGACCUUGGAGACGAAACGGGCCUCGUCUGUGUGAUCUGUCGAGAAGGUUAUAAAUUCCAGCCUACUAAGGUCCUAGGUAUAUACACCUUCACGAAGCGCUGCAACGUGGAGGAAUUUGAAACUAAACAGCGAAAAACGGUUGGCUACACAACGGUGACUCACUUCAACGUCGUCCAUGUCGAUUGUCACAUGUCGGCGGUACGCCUAGCACGAGCCAGGGAUGAAUGGGAGAGCGCAGCACUGCAGAAUGCAAAUACAAAGUGCAACGGGCUCCUUCCCCUCUGGGGACCCCAGGUGCCGGAAUCCGCCUUUGCGAGCUGCUUGGCACGGCAUAAUACGUAUUUGCAGGAAUGCACCGGCCAUCGGGACAUCUCCUACACGUCCACGAUACAUGAUCUUAAGUUACUGCUCCUACGAUUCGCCCAGGAAAAGAGUUUCCACGACGAUACCGGCGGCGGAGGUCCUCAGUCGAAUAUGCAUAUGAUACCUUAUCUCAUUCACAUGGCUCUUUACGUUAUAAACACGACCCGGUUGGCAGCCAGAGAAGAGAAGGCUCUCAUUUCUUAUGCGGAAUCGUCACCUAGUGCAUCGUGGCUCGAGAGCUGCUACGAAGCCGAGGGUCCUUUAUACCAAUGUACGCUUUCGCUUCUUUUAUUAACACCGGCGCGCUGGCAGCAGAUGAGGCUGAUCCAUUUAAGAAGACUCAUCAUACUUGCACAUCAACGUUACGUCUCGCCUUCGGCGGCCACCAAAACACUGACGGAUACCACCGUUAAGGAGUAUGCAGUAUACAAGAGCGUUUUGAUCUUUUUCGGCCUUAUUGACUGCAUUUAUACUAAUUUCUUCAAGAAGGUUAACGUGCUGGUCGAUAACCAAUGGCCAUCGGUUUUGGCCGAUUACAUUCGCCAUAACGACGAGGCUAUGUUAAAGGCUUCGGAAGGUGCCCUUGCUACGUACAGAGACGAACUGUUACCUUGCGCCUCGUUUGAAGAGUUUUGUGAUGUCGUCGGUUUACUUGGAGAUAUUUCAAAUCCCGCGACGUAUAUAAGUGAUCUUUUGCAGGGUCUAGCUUGAUUAAAGGAAACCACGAAUUUUAGUAUUUACGUCUUUCGCCACCCAAUUCUCUGAUAACCUUCGCCCGAGAAAUAAAUCUAGUUUUAGUUUCACUUUUGUAAUUCACGCAAAGCACGGAUCUCAUUAGCGUCAGAUUAAUGCGAGACUAAUGUGACAACCUGUCCGGAAUUUCCUUGAAGUGUAAUUUACAGUUUGCUGUGGUAAUUUUGUGUAAAAUUUAAUUACGUCACAUCAUUGUGAGAAUGCGUGAAUAUAUAUAUGAAGAUAAAAAGGUUUGCGCUUUAACGAAAUUCGGUAUAAUAAAUGUUUGCAAAUGUUCA